AUGAAGUUCAUCGCAACUUUCAUAUUCCUCUACACAUUCUGGCCCAGUGGGUGUCUAGGGGCGCUCCGUUCGGCGCCUUCAAAUGACCUUGCGCUCUGCCUCAACGUCGGAAAUCCUGACACCCGCAGGACCAGCGUCCUGGUCGAUACUACAGACGGUGUGAGUCGCACGAAAGUGACGCCGGAUGGCAACCACUACUUUGGUGAAGUCACAGAAGGCCCCAAAUAUGUCUGGGUGGGAGGCCCAGAAGAGAUGGGAACGGACGUCAAUUUGUACCAUAAAACUGGACAUUCGGAGCUCCUCAGUGUGUUGGUCAAGGGUGACGGCGGAGAUGUUUUGCUCUGUUAUGAAAAAGUUGGAGGAAAAUGGACCCUCGUUGACGGAACGGAUUUUGGGAAUAAACUCGCCCUGCUGAAACUCCUCCCCAAGGGACUGGUUUUGAGGGAGGAAGAAGAUGUAGCGAGUCCAUCUGACCCUCAAACGGUCGAUGUGUCGAACAAAUUCAAUGGGAAGACUUUUGUGAUGGAAUGCAGUGAUGCGGGUGUAGACUCCGCUACAUACACAACCAAAGGUAACGCUUACAUCACUCAACUCACAGACGGAGGCAAAAGUCUCUGGAAUGGAGGACCAGGCGAAAGAUGCCAUUCAUUCCAAUUCACCUCCAAAAACUCAACCAAACUCCUCAGCGUAUGUGUCCUCUUUGGAGGCAAGGCAUCCUACAAGUACUUUCUCAAGGGUGAUGAUGCCACUCUGCCUCUCCUCUCGGAAGAAUUUCGCGACAAACUUGUAACCGCUUUCGGAGUUGACCGAGAGUCGUUCCCUUCCACCGGACCAAGUGUAACGGUAGAUGCAAAUGUUGUGGGUGAAAAUGGUAACGUGAGUGAACCAGAAAAGGAAAGGGAUGAACAAGUUGAGAAUGAUGAAGGGCAAAAAGAGGAUGAGGAAGAAAAGGUAGGAGGACCUGAGGAAGCCAAUUUAGCCCCUGUGCAAGAAUCUGGAUUAGAUUCCCCAAAAGUAGAGGCGUCAGAUAAUCUAAAAGAGCCAUCUACGGAAUUAGCUCACCCAAAGCACAGAGUGGCCGUCAUUGGAUCUCCAACUGUAUUUGAAGAGAUUGGGGAUCCCUUUUCAGAUUGCGACUCCUCAGAGGAUCUAGAAGAGUCUACAUGUGUUCUUGGCUACGAACCAUCAUUGGGAACUCUGAAAGGAAAGGAAAGUGAACUGUGGAAAGAUAUAUUAGAAACGGAAGAGAAAUUAAACGUCCCAGAGGGUAAUGCAGAGCCAUAUGAGGAUAGAUUGGAGGAGGAAGGACCGAGUGCAUCGGAAAUAUUGGAAAUGCUAGAGAAUAAACUACUAGAAUUAGAAGAGGAAUCUGAAAUGAAAGAUAAUAAUGCAGGAGAUGAAGAAGAGCCUCUUUCAUUCAAUCCUGCCGGACAAGAAGAGGCAAAACACGUUGAAACAAACAAUUCUGAAAAACCAGACACCAACCGGGAUAACUCACCGGGAAAGGAACCUAAUCCAAAUGCAGCCGCUGCAAAACCAACAGCAACAGCUUCAUUCACUAAAAGCUCAAUAUUUACGCUUCUGCUGGUCUGCAGCGCGACUACUCUUUUGUAA